AUGUUUCGCUCUCUCUGUUUUCUUGUGGCGCUGCUCGGUGCAAUUUGCGCUGCUCAAGACUGCAGCGAGCCAGCAUCGAGGCUUUACCUGCCAGAUCCACCAUACAGCAAUUACAUCUACUUCGACUGUCACUCCAGCUCCCAUGUUGUCGUCACAAGUCCGCUAUCAGAUAGCAACCUCAGUGUCAUCGGUCCGCGUUUGCUUGUAGCUUGGCCUGCCGGAAACAGUGGGCUUGUUGUGUACUUCGAGCCUUCUGAUGGAGUAAAAGGUUCACUGACACCAACUCUGGAGAACUCAACAUCAACAAGCGAGACAUUAGAUCCAAUUUACGCUCCAGUGGAGGGCAGCAGUCCGCGAGUCGGUGUUUCCGGCGCUCUCAACUUCAACGUCCCGGCAAAUCUGACACUAUCUAUUCUUGGUAGUGUUCGCACGAUCCGUGACUAUGCUGAAGGACCGGCUUUACUCGAUCCUGGUGUACAGGGUGGUCUCCGUUUCUCACCAUCGGACAAUGACGGCGCCUCGAUCAGCCGGACCUGGUUCGACAAUGUCACAACAACGGUACUAGCCUUCACUCCAAUCGAUGCCGCUCAGCCAGUGAGCAUUGAUCCGGUCAACAACCAUCUAUUGUUUGGUUCAGGUACAUACCAAUUCAACGCCUCGUUCAAUUACCCUCAUCUCGAGCAGCUCAACCAGACAGAAGUUCUAAAAACGCAGUCAGUAGAUCUGAUCCAGCAGCAACCUGACCAAACAACGUCGUUGUCUUUCUUGUCCUACGAAAACAAGCUUCUGGCUGGCACAUGGCGCUUCAACACCUAUUUCGGCCGAGACAGCAUGAUCUCUAUGCUAUUGAUGCAAUCAGUGCUGAGUGAGGGUGAAAAUGGGGCCAUUGAGGCCGUAAUUGGGGCGGUACUAGAACGCAUCAACCGAACCGAUGGAACUGUCUGUCACGAAGAGGUCAUUGGCGACUACGCCACCUAUCUCAACCUCAAAGACAACAUCUCAUCCACCGAACCGCGCUGCGAUUACAAGAUGGUCGACACCGAUUACCUCCUUCCCAUCGCCAUGCAGAACUACUUCGUCGAAACGGAAACUGGCCGCAUGCGCUCCAGCGCCUUCUUCAACACCACCGCUACUUUCCUGGUCGAGAACGACGGCCUGACCUACGAGACUCUAGCCGAGAUCACCAUUCAGAAGAUCCUGAACGCCACAGCCGCAUUUGCAGCUCCAGGCGGCCAGAUCAAGGAGAACCUUAUUCACAUCCGCGAAGACGAAGUCGUCGGCGAAUGGCGCGACUCCAGCAACGGUCUGGGUGGAGGCCGCAUUCCCUACGAUGUCAACACCGCUCUGGUCCCCGCGGGCCUCCGCGCCAUCGCCACGCUGAGCCGCGCAGGCUACUUCGCCAACCGCCCCGAGUGGGCCGCGAUCGCCGACCAGUACGCACAGGUGUGGGAAGACGCGACGCUGCCCUUCUUCGUGGUGACGGUGCCGCAGUCCGAGGCCGUCGCGCUGGUCGAAAGCUAUGUUGCAGAGGGCAAUCUGAGUGUGCCGGCCAACGCCGCGAAUAUCACCGCGGACGUUACGUACUUCGGUGUCGCUCUCGAUGGCAACGCCGCUGCGCCCGGGUCGAGCGUUGUGCCAGUUAUGAACACGGAUGAUUGCUUCAGGCACUUCUUUCUCAAUACGACAGACCAGGCGCAGCUUAGUGCGUACCUCAAUCAAACUGCUGAUCACAUCCUGCAUCCAUUUCCGGUGGGACUGGCCAGCGACGUGGGCUUGUUCGUUGCGAACCCUGCGUACGCCGGCAACGCCAGUUUCUCUGAAGGCUUCGCGCGCAAAGACUACCAUGGAACCGUGGUCUGGGGCUGGCAGUUAGCAAUGAUGGGUGCCGGUCUCGCGCGACAACUUGGACGGUGCGUUGGCGAAAACACUCUUGACUUCUGUAGCGAUGAUGUCGUGUAUGCGAAGGUACUGGAUGCGUACAACCGCCUCUGGGACCUCAUCGAAGCCAACGAGAAUCAACUUAGUAGCGAGGUCUGGAGUUGGAGGUACGACAAUGGCUUCCAAGCUACCCCACUGGGGACUUAUGUGCCGACGGAGAGCAACAUUCGUCAACUUUGGAGUCUAACAUUCCUGGGUGUGACAAGGCAGAGUUUCCAGUGA